UGGUUCGGAGUAUUUGUCUCUCCAAAGUGUCCAAAGACUCACUGUUCUUCAGUGGAAAAUACUCGGCAGGAUACUCUGCCGGCUGUGAAGGACGUAGUAAGGAUGGCUAACGAACUGGAAGAAUUGCUCGGCUUUCUGUCGUCUCCAUCUCCCCCAGUUAAGAAGGCAGCUGUUGAUAUCGUUCGGGAUUUGACCGGGGCCGAGGAUGGCUUGCAAUCCCUUGCGAAGUACUCUGAUAUUGCCCUGCCAUCACUGUUUCGCCUGUUAGCUGAAAAGAAGGAAGUUUCGGAACCUGCAGCGGAAGCUCUUAUAAACCUUUCACAAAAUUCAGAACUGGCGGCGAAAAUGGUUUCGAUGGGAAUGAUUAAUACGACAAUGGAUAUUCUUUAUAAGCAAGAGGCUGGGAUUACCCGCUUGCUCGUUAUGUUCUUAGUAAAUCUUACACAGUUGGAUGCUGGUAUUGAUUCUUUGCUUCAGACGGGAGAUGAGAAGAUGUUUGGCCUGUAUGUCAUGAAGCUCGUGAGAUCAUUUUGUACUUCGCCUAAUGAGAAGAAUGGUGAUCCUUUUGAGCAUGUUGGUUCUAUACUAGUAAAUAUCUCGAAAAAAGAAGCAGGGAGGAAACUUCUCCUAGACCCAAAACGAGGACUUCUGAAGCAAGUCAUUAGGCAAUUUGAUUCAACGAGUUCAUUGCGAAAGAAGGGGGUUUCAGGAACUAUUCGCAACUGCUGUUUUGAAGCUGAGAAUCAGCUACAGAAUUUACUUUUGAUAUCAGAGUUUCUUUGGCCUGCUCUACUUUUGCCAGUUGCUGGAAACAAGAUCUAUAGUGAACAGGACACGUCAAAAAUGCCACUUGAGCUUGGGAGUGCACUCUCAAUUGAGCGUGAACCGGUCAAGGAUCCUGAGAUUCAUGUACAAACACUUGAGGCUAUUUACUUGAUUUCGUUACAGGAGGCAGGUCGAAGGGCUCUUUGGUCAGUAAAUGGACCACGAAUACUGCAGGUUGGGUACGAAGAUGAAGAAGAUCCAAAGGUCAUGGAAGCAUACGAGAGAGUUGGCUCCCUGCUGAUCAAAAGCAAUGCCGGUGGAGAAGAAUCCUCGCUAGCAUCAAAAUAGUGUCAAUCCAGUUCCAAGUUCAUUUGAUUCACUUGAUGAAUUCUUUGCAGCAACUCGAAAGCGCACUGGUGGAAGGUCAUUGUAAAAGACCAGCAGUCUAUGGCGGAAAAUAUUUGAUCGUAUUCACUCGGCCUUUCAGGCUUAGUAACUACAAGUUGUUAACUAGAUUGUUUUUAUGACUUCCUGUUUCUGGAUUGUAUCCAUAUAGAGUUUCCUUAGGUUUUGGAAGAAAAGAGGUUGAAGAUCUGUAAGCCUUGGGAGAUGAAUGAUAUGCAUUAAUUAACUCGGGCGAGCUCAUAAUGCAUGCACAGUAGCGCUCCAUUCUGCUAAA